AGAGUUAAAAGAGUUUUAAUCUUUGCAUUAACUAAGAAGGAAUUAUCCUUCAAUUUUCACCUCAAGGUUCUCAGUGUAUUUCAGGACAUAUUUGUUGCCGGAACUGACACAAGUUCUAACGUAAUAGAGUGGGCUAUGGCUAAGAUUCUUAAAGCUCCAGAGAUUAUGAAGAAAGCCCAAGCCGAGCUCGUAGAAGUCAUCGGAGAAGGGAAGGCAAUAGAGGAAGCUGACAUAGUCCGACUCCCUUAUUUGCAGUGCGUUAUUAAAGAGACUUACAGGCUGCACCCUCCAGCUCCUUUUUUGGUUCCUCGAGAAGCAGGGAAAGAUGUUGAGGAUUCAAAAUUGGAUGUGCGAGGUCAAGAUUUUGAGUUAAUUUCAUUUGGUGUUGGUCGAAGGAUUUGCCCUGAUUUGCCCUUGGUAAUACGGACGAUUCCAGUUAUGCUUGGCACACUGUUGAAUACAUUUAAAUGGAAAAUUGAGGGUGACGUUGCUCCAAAAUACUUGGACAUGCAGGAGAAAUUUAGUCUCAACUUGUCCAGACUUCAUCCUCUCCGAGCUGUCCCACUUCCCAUCUGA